AAUUGUACAGAUUCUCGAUUCUCUUAUAAAGGAAAAGCACUUUGGUCUUAGCUUUGUUGCAGGUAUUUGUGAAGAAAUCUUGAGGGAAAAUCUGGAAGAAAAAAAUGGCCCAUCAAUCAAGCACGUGGUGUGUUGUUCGGGAAUGCAACAAAAAUAUUGUGGAAAAACGACAUUUUUUUCGGUUUCCAAAGGAACAUGAAAGAUGGUUGCAAUGGAUACGUGCUUGUGAACGAUUAGAUUUGGAAGCAAUGGGUGCAGAAUAUGGCCAUCGCAAUUAUCGAUUGUGCCACUUACAUUUUGAAGAAAAGUGGUACAAGCAAUGCAUGUAUUACAACAUCAGCAAUUGAAAAGAUGGAUGAAGAGCUACCUGAAGAAGAAAAUCUUUAUAUUUUACAACAAGAGGAAACAAAUAGUGACUUACAGUCGAAAUCAUUCCCGCCUAUAACAGAGCAGAUGCCAAAAUGUGAUAAAGAUGUCCAUAUUAUUGCUAAGCCGAGCACGUCCAGCAGCACAAUAAGAAGAGAAGAAAGUCCGCGGAAGAAAAAAUUGCAACAACGCAUUGUACGAUUACAAGGGAGAGUAAAAACACUGGACGAAAGAAACAGACGGCUUCAGAAGAAAGUGAAGAUUUUAAUUGUAAGGAAGAAGAAAGCAGAAAGAGAGAAGCUUAAGGACCACGAGAUUCUACGUCAAUUAGGCUUGCGACUGUGCAUGCUUUAAUUUCGGACAUGGGAUCUAACUUUACACAACUAUCCCGAGAAUUAGGUAUUUCUGUACAAAAUUCAAUCUUUUUAGUUGACGGACAUGAGGUACUAUAUAUAUUCGAUACUCCGCAUUUAAUGAAAAGAACUCGUGAUAAUUUGUUGAAACAUAAUAUACAAUUUGGAAAUAACAAAGUUGCUUCAUGGGAUGAUAUUAUUGAAUU